AUGUUUAUGUGUCACCGGUGUAAUAGUGAAGCCAGGGAUGGUGUGCAGUGUACGAUGUGCCUCAACCGUUUCGAUUUCCCAUGUGCAGGAAUAACAGAGGCAGGAUAUCGCAAACUUGGGGACAGAAAGGCUACUUGGAAAUGCAAUACCUGUAAGACAGGAACUGCGAGUCCUAAUCUUUCUUCCGAGAAAACAGUACAAGGAAGGGUACCAUCUUAUGGUGAUCUGGAGAAUAUUCGUCUUGAGCUUAGUAAGAUUACCAAACAAAUAUCGUCAUUACCACAGUUAAUUGCAAGUGUCAAGACUAUCCAGGCUGACAUCUCAGAUCUUAAGGAUAUGAAGAGUGAAAUGAUGGACGUUAAAAACUCCUUGAACCAUGUGCAUACUUCGGUUGAGGGACUUACUAACAAAUUGACCGAGAUCGAUCGGGAAAUUCAGUCUCUUCAAAAAACUAAGGAUGAUGUUGUACGUGUUGAACAUCGAUUGGAGAAGCUUGAGGCCGCUGUACGCGAAAAUCAGCAAAGAUCGCGCCUGAACAACAUUGAGAUCAAAGGCGUUCCUGUAACCUCCUCUGAAAAUCUUUUUACUAUUAUUUCCAAUAUUGGUAGUAAAAUAGGUUACGAAGUUCCUAAGGAGCAAAUCAACUACGUAGCAAGAGUACCUCAGCGUAAUAAUAAAAACACCAAAAACAUCAUUGUGUCACUUCACACCCGUUACCUGAGAGAUAAUUUUAUAGCUGCUGCUAAAAAAUGUAAAACUUUAACUGCUGCGGAUUUAGGAUUGAGAAGUGAUAGCAGGAUUUUCGUUAAUGACCACCUUACGUUUGAGAAUAAACAGCUACUUAAUAAGACAAAAGCUCUUGCAAGGGAGAAAAAUUUUUCUUAUACAUGGGUAAAAAACUGUACAAUUCUAAUGAAAAAGAAUGCGACAUCUCCUACAUAUGCAAUAAAAACGGAAGCAGAUUUAAAGAAGAUUUUCUGA